AUGUCGGAGACAAUGGAGAUCUCAGAGAAAACGCCCAACACAACCGCGCCCAUGGAGGAGGUUCACAGGGGUGUUAGGGGCCCAACGAUGGAGGAGGCUCUGGUUAAAACCCAUACCCGUCACCUUUCUGGUGACACUUUGAUCGAGGGUAGUUUUGAUAUCCAGAAGCCGAAGCUUAAGGAGGUCACCGAAGACACGAAAGUGCCACAGCCCGCCAUCGACCUGGAGGCUCAGACCGUGGUCGGGGAGCAGAAGCGUUUCUCCAGCCUCCGGUUUGCCUUCUUCACCGUCUAUCGUCGGUUGUUCACUAUAGUCGCUUUGGUGAACAUUGCGACUUUCAUCUAUGUGAUGGUCUCCGACCAAAAGCUGCUUGCCUUGGUUAAUGCCACGGCGGCCAACCUGUUGGCAUGCGGUUUGGCUCGGCAGCCUCUGGUGGUGAACACGAUCUUCUUCGUGGUCUGCUCAAUUCCCAGGUCAGCGCCAUUCUGGUUGCGCCGGUACUGCUCUCAGGCCUACCAUUAUGGUGGUGUACACAGCGGUUGCGGCAUUGCCUCUCUGCUCUGGUACCUGGGAUUUGUGGGGCUGCUUUCACACCAGUAUUGGAACCCAGGACCUGUCACUGCAACGACGGUCACCUUCACAGCGGCCCCGGUUGUGCUGACAUACAUAGUCCUGGUCUUGUUACUGGUGAUCAUAGCUGUUGCGCACCCCAAGUUCCGCAUGAAACGUCAUGACUAUUUUGAACUCACCCACCGUUUCACCGGAUGGGCCGUGGUGGCGAUGUUCGUUGCCUUGCUCCUGCUUCCCGCCUUCUGGUUCUUGGUAGUGACCGUCAUCGCAAUCAUCCACCCUUGGAUCCUGCUGCGCAAGGUGCCCGUCAAGGCCGAGCACCUCUCGUCACAUGCAGUGAGACUGCACUUCGACCAUGCCCAGACCGCAUUUGGCAAGGGUAUCCAGCUCGCCAAGCACCCCCUCCGUGACUGGCAUGGCUUUGCCACUUUCAAGGACCAGGGGCCCGAGGGCCCACGAGGCCAUCAGACUCGCCGAGGACACCGCCGAGGACCCAGCUUCUCGUGCUUGGUGUCGAAGGCCGGCGACUGGACGGGAGACAGCAUCAAACAGCCCCCCUCGCACUUCUGGAAGCGUGGCGUUUUGAUCUUCGGCUUUGCAUAUGCCAUGCGUGUGUAUAAGCGCCUUAUUGUGGUGACGACCGGAUCUGGUAUCGGGCCCUGUUUGUCGUUCAUCGGCGAUGAAAAACGGCCUGACUUGCGAGUCAUGUGGCAGACACGUUCUCCAUUGACGACUUACGGUCAAGAGGUGAUUGACCUCACGAAAAUUAUGGACCCUGAGCCCUUGAUCCUGGACACCAAUCUGACCGGACGAAUCGAUAUGGUGCCGAUGAUCCAGCGCGAGUUCAAGCAGUUCAACGCCGAAGCCGUGUGCGUGGUGAGCAACCCCAAGUUGACUCAGCGUAUUGUCUUCGAGUUGGAAUCCCGAGGCAUCCCAGCCUUCGGACCGAUUUUUGAUUCUUGA